CAAUAACAUCACUACAAAGCAGAAAGUUGGAAGUUCCUUCAUACAAGCUGCAAUUAUAUACAAAAAAAUAACCAUUGAUUUUAAUAAACAGUUUAAUAUUAGCCGCGUUUUCACCGACGUUUGGUGCUGAGUUAUUAUUUUUUUUUCCUUUUGUGUUUCAAGUGGUCUCGAAAUUUUCGUUGUUCGUUCCUUCAUUAUUGUUAAAGUGAUUGGGUGUUGCGUGUGAAACGAACGCCCUCCCCCACCAAAAACAAAAAAAAAUACAGAAAAAUCAAAGUUAUUGUUUAUUGAUUAAUUGCCGGGUCUGUAGAAACAACGAAAUCCAGUAAAAAUGGCGUUGAAAGUUUUGGUCGGUCAAAAGAUUAUGAACGAGGUGGUGAAGUACAAGCCGCCACCACCAAAGAAGGCUGGUGCUCCAGCUGCUCCAAAGGCGGCCGGCGCUGGAGGAAUUGAAUGGCGUGUCCUUGUCGUGGAUAAGCUUGGCAUGCGCAUGGUGUCCGCCUGCACCAAGAUGCAUGAGAUUAGUGCCGAGGGCAUUACAUUGGUGGAGGACAUUAACAAGAAGCGGGAGCCGUUGCCCACAAUGGAUGCCAUAUAUCUGAUAACGCCAUCGGACGAGUCUGUGCGCGCCCUGAUCCGUGAUUUUGAGAAUCCGGCGCGUCCCAUGUACCGUUAUGCGCACGUCUUCUUUACCGAGGCGAUACCGCCCCGCAUAUUUGAAAUGCUGCAAUCGCACAAAGACAUUUGUCGACGCUAUGUGCGAACCUGCAAAGAGAUCAAUAUUGCCUUCUUGGCAUAUGAAGCUCAGGUGUUCUCUCUGGACUCGCCGGACACGUUCCAGUGCCUGUAUUCGCCGGCAUUCGCCUCGAUUCGCGGCAAGCACAUCGAGCGAAUUGCCGAGCAGAUCGCCACGUUGUGCGCCACGCUGGGCGAAUACCCGAAUGUGCGCUACCGAAGCGACUGGGAUCGCAACAUUGAUCUGGCUGCCUCGGUCCAACAGAAGCUGGAUGCCUACAAGGCCGAUGAGCCAACAAUGGGCGAGGGGCCGGAGAAAGCGCGUUCCCAGCUGCUAAUUUUGGAUCGCGGCUUCGAUUGUGUGUCGCCACUGCUGCACGAGCUCACAUUGCAGGCGAUGGCCUACGAUCUGUUGCCCAUUGUGAACGAUGUGUACCGCUAUACACCCGGACCCAAUCAGCCCGACAAGGAGGUGCUGCUCGAUGAGAACGAUGAUCUAUGGGUGGAGCUGCGACACGAGCAUAUUGCCGUCGUCUCCCAACAGGUCACACAGAAUCUGAAGAAGUUUACCGAUUCCAAGCGCAUGAGUUCCACAGCUGACAAGUCGUCGAUGCGUGACCUGUCCCAGAUGAUCAAGAAGAUGCCGCAGUAUCAAAAGGAGCUGUCUAAGUAUUCAACACAUUUGCAUCUGGCUGAGGAUUGCAUGAAAUCGUAUCAAAACUAUGUGGACAAGCUGUGCCGUGUCGAGCAGGAUCUGGCCAUGGGCACCGAUGCUGAGGGCGAAAAGAUCAAGGAUCAUAUGCGCAACAUUGUGCCCAUAUUGCUAGAUGCUAACGUGUCCAAUUACGAUAAGGUGCGCAUUAUUUCGCUCUAUGUCAUGAUUAAGAACGGCAUCUCCGAAGAGAAUUUGACCAAGCUGUUCACCCAUGCACAGCUGUCGGUCAAGGAUCAGGACAUGGUGCGCAAUCUUAGCUAUCUUGGUAUCAAUGUCAUUGCCGAUUCACGCAAGAAGAUAUAUUCAGUGCCACGCAAGGAGCGCAUCACUGAGAGUACCUAUCAGAUGUCACGUUGGACACCGGUCAUCAAAGACAUUAUGGAGGAUUGCAUCGAGGAUAAGUUGGAUCAGCGUCAUUUUCCGUUCCUCGAGGGACGUGCCCAGAAUACCAAUUAUCAUGCACCGACCAGCGCCCGCUAUGGCCACUGGCACAAGGAUAAGGCACAGACACAGGUGAAGAAUGUGCCACGUCUCAUUAUUUUCAUAGUCGGUGGCGUAAGCAUGUCGGAAAUGCGUUGCGCCUACGAGGUGACCAACUCUGUACGUAACUGGGAGGUCCUUGUUGGCUCCUCCCACGUUCUCUCACCCGAAAUCUUUCUCAGCGAUUUGGGCAGCCUCUCCAAAGAGGAUUAAAGACAACACAACACAGCACCACAUCCACACCCCAAACACCAAACCCAAAACAAAACACAUAAAAACGUGCAACUCAAACACACACACACACACUUACACACCCAUACACGAUAUACAACUAUGCUUAUUUACAUCUAGCCAAAACUGUAAGUUUGUUAUUCAAUAUAUGUACGUAUAUAUAUAUGUAUAUAUUUAUAUAUAUAUAUUCGUUGUCAAGUCUUUGGCUACUUCAAAUUGAUUGUUCAAACGUAUAUAGAGCACAGGUGAUCUAUUCCAGUAUAGAUACAUAGAUAUGUUUAUGUGCACCUCCUAACUAACCAACCCACAAAUGGAAAUAACAAUACACACCCAAGAAACUAUAUACUAUAUAAACAAUACAACAUAUAUUAUUAUAUAUGCAGUUCAAUAUGUGUAAUGGAAAAGCGUUUAAUUACAACUCCAUAUGUAUAACUCCCUAUUACCUUACCACUUUAUACCCGAGUUGUCUAACGAAACAUACAGACGCAUAUAGCUAUUAUAUAUAUACAUGUAUAUCUAUUUUUCAAUUAUGUAUUUAUGUGUGUACACGAUGUUAUUAAUUUAUGGUAGUUCAAUGAUAUAAACAAAGAAGACAACAAAACCAAUUACAUAUAUUACAAUUAAUGUAUGAUGUAUGUAUCCUCACAGCUUCAUCUUUGAAUAGAUCGAAUAAGAAAACAAUGCAAAAAAAAAAAGAAAAAAUCCAAAAAAAAAAAGUGAGGAAAAUGGAAAAGACGAAGCAAACUGUUUGUUAAUUAUUGUAUAUCACAAUUGAGAUUUAGUCAAAUGUAGUUAUGCGAAAUUCAGUUUCAUAUAAAAACAAACGUUGUUGUAUUAACUCAAACUGUACAUUUGCAUCUAUGCAGCGUCUGCGGCGUUGUUGCCAGACAUUUGCCAUAGAAUCUGCAUAGAUGCCUUGAAACGGUCUCUAUAAAAAAAAAGAAAGAAAAAACAUAUUUUUUUUGUAGAAGCCCAUAUUAAUCCCUAACAUAACAGAAAAAUGUUAAUUGUGUUUAACAGAGUCUUUCGAUGUUAUUCGCAGUAUGUGGUUGACGUGUAUCAAUUUAUCAAAAUGUAAUUACAAUUACUCUUUUUUCCAUUCGAAAUCUAGCACCGUUAUGUAGAACCACAAUUAACAAAAAUGCACACUUAACACUCAUCCAAUUGGAUUCGCUCAGAUACAACGCAAAGCGGGUCGCUUUGGUGAAAUUUGUGAUUCGAAUUUUGGGGCGGAAAUGAAACCGGCAUAUUGCAUUAUGAUACAUGCUUAAGCAAAAAAAAAAAAGAAAACAAAAUUAAAAUCUUUGAAAAGCAAUAUUUAAACAUGCAGUUGCAAAUACAAAUCUUUAUAUACUGCUAUAUUAAACUAGGUGUAUGUACUAACAGUCUUUCAAUUGAAACAGCUUUUGUGCGCCUUCCACAAUUCAAGAACUCAACUCAACUACGUGUAUUCCAAAUCAAAUGCAAGAAAACCAUUUUUUGAUGAAAUAGUUUAAAGAUAAUGCGAAAAGCUUUAAGGAACAAAAACCGAUUUCCACAUUAAUUGUAGGGUUAAAGGUAAAGUUCACAAAAAUUAAAAAAAUAUAUUUAUAUAUAUUAAAAAAAAAAACGGAAAAAUGAGGAAAUUUUAGGAAUAUGAUACCAAGGUUAUACAAACAACAGAAACCAAUAUACAUACUAAUUUUUAGGAAUGAAUGGCAAUGUUAAACGAUAAAUAUUUAUACACUAUAUACAAUACCUUAUAUAUAUAUACUACAAAUAUCAAUCAAUA